GUUAAAAAAAAAGGGACAACGAAUAAAGAGGGAGGUCUGACCGUUGGUGAUGCUUCGGGAUGACCUACCGAGCCGGCGACGGCCUUCGACGAAAGCUUCAUACGAAGCCCAAAACCCAAAAUAUAUUCAAAUUCUUCAGUUUAAACCAAAUCAAUAAUCAAAGCCUCUUGUUCAAUUUCAUGAUCUCCCUCUCGUUCUCUCAAAUACGUAUAUGAAUGGUGGCAUUUGAGCUCUUCAAGCUGUAAUCUUCCUCAACAAACUUCUUAUCUCUCAGAUCAAUAUGCGUGGUACUGGAAAGAAAUUAAUGUUCCAAGAAUCUGGAAAAUCUUGCUAUUCGAAGGCGGAAUCUGGGUCCAAGUUGAUUACAUCAUUGAAGUUAAAAAAGGGUAGGAAUAUAUCCUGUUGCAAGAAACUCAACUCAAAAUCAAAAUCUCAUGUAAAGACAAUUGGUUCAAUGAUUUCAAAGAGGCCAGUUACUGAUCCUGCAAGCAGGGAGCCCAGGAACGAUUCCAAAAGUAGAAAAAUUGUCAGCAGGAAAAUUCUAAAUAAAGCAAUUGAUACAAAGUCUUCAAGGAAGACGUCUCCGUUGGGGCUUCAAGGUAAGGCCUUGCCUAAUAGCUCCAAGAGAAAUGGAACAAAUGUUGAUGGGGAGGUCAAAAAUACAAAUCUGAAGAAGAGGAAGAAGAAGCGAAGGCAAAAGGAUGCUCUGGAGCUCGAUGAAGCAUCCCGUUUGCAGAGGAGAACAAGGUAUCUUAUGAUUAAAAUGAAGCUGGAGCAGAACCUUAUUGAUGCUUACUCUGGAGAAGGUUGGAAAGGUCAGAGUCGGGAAAAGAUUAAGCCAGAAAAGGAACUACAACGGGCCAAGAAACAGAUAUUGAAGUGUAAGCUUGGAAUACGUGAUGCAAUUCACCAUUUGGAUUCACUUAGUUCAGAAGGAUGCAUCGAAGACUCUGUCAUUGCUCCGGAUGGAUCUGUACACCAUGAACAUAUAUUCUGUGCAAAGUGCAAGUUACGUGAAACUUUCCCAGAUAAUGAUAUUAUACUAUGUGACGGGACAUGUAACUGUGCUUUCCACCAAAAAUGCCUAGACCCUCCAUUGGACAGUGACAAUAUUCCUCCAGGGGAUCAAGGCUGGUUUUGCAAACUUUGCGAGUGUAAGAUGGAAAUUUUAGAAGCAAUGAAUGCCCAUCUUGGGACCCACUUCUCCAUGGAUUGUGACUGGCAGGAUGUUUUCAAAGAAGCCGCUGCUUUUCCUGAUGGUGGGAAUACAAUAUUAGAUCCAGAGGAAGAAUGGCCUUCUGAUGAUUCUGACGAUGGUGAUUAUAAUCCUGACAGGAGGGAAAACAGUUCUAUGAUCAGUGGGGCAGAAACUGAUGACAAUGUGUCUGAUGACAUUAGCAUUUCUACUAGCCUGAGUUGGUCUUUAGAUGGUGAACUUUUUUCUGGAAAGGAAGGCAUGGGGUGUGGAAACCAUUUUGCUAAUACCAGUUUAGAUUCUGAUGAAUCCACAGACGGAGAAAUUAUAUGUGGCCCUAGGCAACGAAGAGCUGUUGACUAUAAGAAGUUAUAUGAUGAAAUGUUUGGAAAGGAUCCUCCAGCUUAUGAACAAGCGAGUGAGGAUGAAGACUGGGGUCCUGCUAAAAGAAAGCGGAGAGAGAAGGAGUCUGUUGCAGCCAGCACCCUAAUGACACUAUAUGAAAGUGAGAAGAAGUGUCCAGAUUCUGACACCAAAGAAUUGAAAAAGAAAUCCCUCCUAGAAACACCAACUAGAAGGCCAUUUUUGAGAAUGCCCCGCAUUGCAGCUGAGAAGCUUCGUCAAGUUUUUGAUGAGAAUGAACUUCCCUCUAGAGCUGUCAAGGAGAAUCUUUCAAAGGAGUUGGGCCUUGAUCCAGAGAAGGUUAGCAAAUGGUUCAAAAAUGCACGUUACUUAGCGCUUAAAUCCAGAAAGGUAGAGAUAGGAAAGCAACUUCAUAGUUUUAAGGAUUCCAGAUUAGAAAAUGUGAAGAAAAACGCUGCCGAUGUUGUGGCAUCUAAGGGUACCUCUGCAGAGAUUAUGGUCCAUGCCCCAAGGAAUGUUAAAAGGGUUUUCCAGAGAAGGCAUCAGAAGUCAGUAGGCAGUGUUUUAAAGAAAAAGCAACAGAAAAGAUCUUCACUCACGGCACCUGCUAAUAGCAAAAAGGAUACAGUGGAGUUCAGUGACGAUGUGAGCUUGAAGAAACUUUUGGAAGCAAGGACUAGGGAGAGGAAGAGGGUCAAUGUCGUGGCUGGAGAUGAAUGUCAAGCAGCAGAGAUGGAAAUGGAAAGACUUUGCAAAAUCAUGGGUAGAUUAGAGAGCAUAAAACAGAAAAUGCCAAGACUUAAAAAUGACAAAGCUAAACAUUCAAAUAAAUCCCAUUUGUUUCAACGGUCUGUGAUUUAUGUUCCCAUAGCAGAGCUUAGGGAAAAAGUUUGAUCCUAUACGAUGGUGUUUCCAUGUCUUUUGGUUCACAAAUAAAUACUUCCUUUACAUUA